AUGUCGAAUCUUGCAAAGCUUGAGUUUAUGGCUUUAGACAUCACUGGGAAAAAUUAUUUGUCAUGGGCUUUGGAUGCUGAAAUCCAUCUAAAUGCCAAUAACCUUGGGGAUACAAUUAAAGAAGGAAAUAAAACGAGUACCCAAGAUAAAGCAAAGGCAAUGAUUUUCUUACGCCACCAUAUUCAUGAGUCAUUGAAAAAUGAAUAUCUCACUAUCAAAGAUCCACUCGUCCUAUGGACCAAUUUAAAAGAAAGGUAUGACCAUCAGAAAACAGUAAUAUUACCAAGAGCUCGUUAUGAAUGGAUUAAUUUAAAGUUGCAAGACUUAAAGUCUAUAAGUGAGUAUAACUCAGCAAUGUUUAGAAUCAUGUCACAAUUAAUUCUAUGUGGUGAAAAUAUUACUGAUAAGGAGAUGUUGGAAAAAACAUUCUCCACCUUUCACGCCUCAAACAUUGUCUUGCAACAACAAUAUCGUGAAAGGGGCUUCACCAUAUACAGUGACUUAAUAUCAUGUUUGCUUGUGGCUGAGCAAAAUAAUGAGCUACAAAUGAAAAACCAUGAAACUCGUCCGGUUGGUACAACCCCAUUCCCAGAGGUGAAUGUGGCAACAUAUAAUGACCAAAGUGGAAGUCACGUACGUGGUCGUGGCUAUCAACGUGGGCGUGGUCAUGGUCGUAGUCGUGGUCGUGGUCAUGGACAUGGUCGUGGAUGUGCAUAUGGUCGGGGGAAUUAUCAUGGUGUUCAAUUCAAAAAUAAAAGAACCCACCAGAAGUUGCAUGAUAAUGAAAAGAAAUCCAAUGAUGAAAGAGGUAAAAAGAAAAGUGGAACCUCAUCUAAUGCAUGCUAUCGAUGUGUGGGAAAUGUUGAUGUCCCAAGUGGUGAAAAGGACCAUACUAAUGCAACUAAUCUGGAUUAUGAUGAUUUCCUUAUCGAGCAAGCUAAUUUGGAUUCUGGUGAUAUCAUGGCUGAUACAAACCAGUUGGAUGCUUGCAAUUUUCCCUAUGCAUGA